AUGAAUCGAAGCGAAGAUAGCCACGAUGAGGAUCCUACAUUGAGUACAUUCGACCGUGUAGAGAUAGAUGCAACAGUGCGGGAUAUAUUCGAUGGCAUAUUUGAUGCGCCAAUGGAACGUUUUAAGAGGCCACUAAAACUUAUCAAAGAAAACGAAUGCGGGCUAGUCUGGGGAGAGGAGAAUGAACGACAUGAUAAAGUUAUGCGUCAUGCCAAAACCUUCCUACAAGCCGUAACCGCUAGCUUUCCUUCCAAACACGCGGAAGCGGCGAAGCACAUCGAAGGAAGCACUUGUGAUUUAUUUCUUCAAUACGUACAUGAAAAGCUUGACGAGUCUCUUCUUGGUCAAGAUCCAUUUGAAGAUUCAUGCAAAAAAAUAAAAGAAUUGAUUACCAGUAAAAUAUGGGGGAUUAAAGGCACGCUGGAAGCGCCGCUCGACGAGCAGCCUAAACAAAAAUCUGACCUUGAAGUUAUGAUUUUAAAGACAAACCUGUUAGACCCAAUUCACAUCCACCAUGCAUUAUUGUGUUGCCAAGUUGCAUAUGACUGUGAAAACCCAGAAUACAGCAAAAAUUCCCUCGAGAAAUUGGAUAAAGAGCAUUUACUGAGCGAAUUAUCUGUGUCGUAUGAAAACAAAAAUGUCCCCAA